CUCUGCACCCUUGCACUCCCGCUCACACCGGCACAUAUCCCAGCCGACCGCUCUUCCCACUGCUCGACUUUAACGCGUUCGCCUGUCUCCGUCGCCGCUCGCUCGCUCGUCAUGAGAGAAUACAAACUGGUCGUCUUGGGCUCCGGCGGUGUUGGAAAGUCGGCAUUGACCGUGCAAUUUGUUCAAUCCAUCUUUGUUGAGAAAUAUGAUCCGACAAUCGAGGAUUCGUACCGAAAGCAAGUCGAAGUGGACGGACAGCAGUGCAUGCUCGAGAUUCUCGACACAGCCGGCACAGAGCAAUUCACGGCGAUGCGCGAUCUCUACAUGAAAAACGGCCAGGGCUUCAUCCUCGUGUACAGCAUCACAUCACAGGCGACCUUCAAUGAUCUCGUUGAACUCCGAGAGCAGAUCCUGCGAGUAAAGGAUACCGAUAAGGUCCCAAUGGCUCUGGUCGGAAACAAGUGCGAUCUUGAAGACGAUCGCGUUGUAAGUAAGCAGCAAGGUGCCACCCUCGCUGCCCAAUGGGGCGGCUGCACGUUCAUGGAGACCAGCGCCCGAAAGAAAAUCAACGUGGACGAAGCCUUCUUUGACUUGGUCAGACAGAUCAACAAAACUAUGCCUGAAAAGAGUACAAAAAAGCCGGAAAAGAAGGGAAAGUGCCACAUUCUGUAAACUACGCGGCAGCCCAAACCCCCGCCACCACCGAUCCAAAUCAUCCCAUCCGGCUCACAAAGCUCCGGCUCCUUCAGCAGCACGCUCUCUUCCUCUGUCCGUCCGCUCCCGGGCCUCACCUUCGUCUCGCGCAGUGGUUCACCUGCCCCCUCCUCCCUUUUGGCUCGAAUCAGAACGAGGUCGUCGUCUACUCGCUUCUCUCC